UCGUUUGCUAAAUCUAAAAUGGUCGAAUUGCUUCAAAUUAUUAUUAUUAUUGCCGAAUUUUUUCUGUUGGGUUUUAGUAGAAAACAUCUUGAUUUCGGGAAUGCGAAUUACAGUGAAGAAUUUGUAGUAAAAGAGAGAAUAGUUGGAGGCCAUAAUGCGGAUGAAGGGGAGGUGCCUUGGAUGGCUUACUUGUUUCAGGCAAAGAUUUUUAUAUACGACAGAUUUAUCUGUGGAGGAUCCAUUAUUGCUGAGAAGUGGAUUAUCAGUGCGGCUCAUUGUUUUUUAAUUUCGUCUGUACCUUAUAUUUACUUUGUACGAAUUGGAAGCCGCUAUAUUGACAGUGGAAACUUGGUUCAUAUGAACUUAAAGAAAAUAUGCAUCCAUCCAAACUUUGGCGAUCCUUACAUUUUUAGCAAUGACAUCGCUUUGCUGAAAGUUAAUAACAGCAUUUAUUACAAUGACUUUAUCCGAUUUAUCUACUUGAAUAAACAACUUAUCGAACUGAACGAUGAAAUGGCUACUGUUGCUGGAUGGGGUACAGUGAAUGAAAGGUAUAGUAUUUAUCCGCGAGUAUUACAGGUUGUAGAUCUACCCAUCAUCGACAAUAGAAUGUGUGAAGAUUGGUUUAAUUAUAGAGGAAUGGAUUUGAAAAUCGAAGAUAGUCAACUCUGUGCCGGUUUUAAAGAUGGAGGAAAAGAUUCUUGUCAGGGUGAUUCUGGAGGACCUUUGUAUCUUAAAGAGAAUAAUAAUAGUGGUAUACUUAUCGGAAUCGUAUCUAAUGGUCUCGGAUGUGCUCGACCUUAUGCACCAGGCAUAUAUACUCGAAUUAGUUCUUACAUACUCUGGAUUGAAAGAAUUAUAAAAUAGAAUGUUUAAACUUUAUUAGCAAGGAGUUUAGACUUAGAGGACAUAUUUUAUUUCUGUUGGCGGAAGGAUGUCAAAUGGCUUAAUUCUCGAUUGCUUGUUAAUCGGCAACACAAGUUUAUUAAAUCUCUAUUUAUUUAACAGAAGUAAUUGAUAAGAUUGAUAACACCGUUACAUUUAAUUAUAAAAAUCUACACAUUUACUAAAUAAAACUAGGAAAAUU